GCGCCGGAAGUGGAGGCCAUUGCCGGAAGUGGGGGAGGUGGCUGCCAUGGCGGCGCCGGUGCGGCUGUGGGUGAGGACGGAGCCGUUCGUGGCGGGGCUCCUGCCUGCGCCGCCGCCCGCCCGUCUCGGGCCUCACUACCUGCGGAAGAUGGCGGCGUACGUGCGGGCGCGGCCCGGCUGCUUCCCUCAGCUGCCGUGGCCCCGCUGGCGGCACAUCGCCUGCGGGAAGCUGCAGCUGCGCCGCGAGCUCGCCUGGCUCUACUUCCAGCUUUUCCACAGUCUUCUCCAACCGGAGGCGGCACGGCGCCUGGAGCGGGCCGAGGCCGAGGCGGCGUGCGGCAGCGCCGAGGAGCUGGAGCGGCAGCGGAGCGAGCUGUCGGUGGACACGCUACAGUUCCUGCUCUUCCUCUACGUUCAGCAAGUGAACAAGGUCUCGCUUCGGCGCUCUCUGAUUGGGGAGGAAUGGCCCAGCGCUAGGACCAAGGCGCCCGGCCUGACCGGGAAGUCCGCCAGUGCGAAUAAGAACUGGAACGAUCAGGACCACCGCACCUUUGUGCUGAGCCACCUCUCGGAUAUGCUGGAGCUGCUGCUGGAGCCGGAGCAGCUGUCUGCCUCCUUCCAUCCCACCCACAGUAGCUUGGUGUCCUGCGAAGCCGUCUGUGCCCUCAGCUUCCUUAUUGAAGGGACCACAAGCAAAUCCAGGGUGGUCCAUCCCCUGCAUGAGCUCGCCCUCUGGCAGCCCUGCCAUGGGCAGAAUGGCUACUCCAAGGGCUGCGAAGCUUUCUCUUUCCCCAAGCUGGAGAGCUGGCUGCGGGCAUCACUGACAACGAACCCCUUUGGAAUGACUGCCUGCCUCAAGUCUGGGAAGAAACUCGCAUGGGCGCAGCAAGUUGAAGGAACAACCAGGAGAGCAAAGAUUGCCUGCAGCACUUGUGUGGUGCCCGAGGUGUCUCCUAUGGUGAUCAUGAGCCAGGUGUACAAGCAGACACUGGCCAAGAGCUCAGACACCUUGGUGGGGGCUCAUGUACGAAUUCAUCGCUGCAAUGAGUCCUUCAUUUACCUCCUCUCUCCUCUCCGGUCUGUGACCAUUGAGAAGUGCCGGAAUAGCACUUUUGUCCUUGGCCCAGUGCAAACGUCCGUUCACGUCCACAGCUGUGACAACGUCAAGGUUAUUGUGGUUUGCCACCGUUUGUGCCUUUCUUCCACCACCGGCUGUACUUUUUACAUCCUCACACCUAACCAGCCUCUCAUCCUCUUGGGGAACCAAGCAGUCACCUUUGCCCCUUUCCACACCCAUUAUCCCAUGCUGGAAGACCACAUGGCUCAGGUGGGCUUGGCCACUCUGCCCAACUACUGGGACAGCCCCAUGCUGGUGUGCAAGGAGAGCGGGGACACCAGUGUCUUCCGCCUCCUGCCACCCUCGGACUUCUACACCUUCGUGAUUCCCUUUGAGAUGGAAGGAGACACCACGGAGACGCCGGGUGGGCUUCCCCAUGCCUAUCAGAAGAUGCUGAGCCAGCGAGAGGAGAAGGUGCAGAGCUGGCAGAGGACAGUGAAGGAGGCAGGCCUGACCAAGGAUCAGAGGAAACAGUUCCAGAUGCUGGUAGAAAACAAGUUCUAUGAAUGGCUGGUUCAGACAGGGAACCGUCAGCAGCUGGAUAGCCUUGUCCCUCCCGCAGUUGGCUCCGAGCAGGCAGCAGGAUAGUGCUGGGUUCCUGUACAGCAGAAGCCAAGGAAGGAGUUCUGGGUACAGGCAGUGGCGUAGUGAAAACAGUUCUCGUUUGGACUUUGCGGCCAUCCUGACCGAACACGUUGGAUAUGGAUCUGAUGCCGGCCUCUGUGUGGAUGGGACUGUUCUAGGAUUUCUGAUCACCGCUGCUUUUCCCGGAGCACACUGUAACGAUUCUGCUGAUGGCUGAGAAGGAGCGUGUGGCUGGAGGGUGAUGAACAAUUAUGCUUCGUUACAGAUCGUUAGUGGGGAGGCUGCGGUGUCCACAUAUUCAAGCAGAGCUGGACGCAGGGCCUUGGCCGUCGGUAGCGUCUUUAGGAUAUGAGCCAGCUGCAGGGGUUUUUAUAGAUGGGAGAAGGAAAUGUUUGAUUGUUUUUAAUGAAUGAAAUUCAAUUGAUUUUUUUAAUAUGAAUAUGGCACUUAAGCACUGUGAUUUUAUGGAAUUUGCUUUCUUAGACAUUUGCAUUGUUUUGACAAAUGUCAAUAAAACAGAGUUCUUGGAUAAGCUUGGCACGUGUCCUAGGAAAAGGAUUUUACCUGCAUAAUGAGUGUAAGUGUCUUUACUGCUUAACGGAAUGUGAACCUAGCAGCUGAGAGAGAAGUGCUAAUUUAUUAAUAGCCACGGAGUUGAAGGUUCUGAAGCACAGCAUUUGUAUUCAAACUUUCCUACCUUCAAUACUUCAUAGAAUGACAGAAUCACCUCCUGAUCCUGGACCAGGGCCU